AUGUUGCCACCCUGGGCAUUCCUCGCCAUCCUCGCAGGAGGCUUUAUGCCAACCGCCACCGCCGCUUGCAAUCGUGAUGAACUCCUUUUGACAGUCGACCAGUUCCUACUGGGACUGACCAUGGGUCAAGCUGCCCCCUUGGAAAACAUUGCCGACGACUUCCAAUACAUCGAAAACAACAAACCCACCAUAAUCGUCGCGGGGGUCUUCUACAACAUCCUUAAGAUCGACUUCAACCGCACCAUCAUCGAUAUGACCACCUGCUCAACCUUUACCGAAAUCGUUUCCGCCACAUCACACAAGCCCUUCGUUCUGGGUGCCCAGAUCCACCACUACCCAACUGACAACAGCGUCUACAAGAUCGACACCAUCGUCUCCACCACGGGCUCGUGGUUCUUCAACGCCAGUCGAACGCUUCAAUAUGCUCGACAAGAGAGCUGGCCCAUCAUUCCACCUGCUCAGCGAGACACCCGACAAACGUUGCAAGCAGCAGCUGAUGCCUAUCUGGACAUGUGGAGCAACAAGAGUGCUAUUGACGCUGUCCCAUGGGGGACCCCAUGUGCGCGAUUGGAAGGAAGCGUGUAUACCGGUAAAGGGGCACCGGAUGAUUCGUGCAAGGUUGGCAUCCCUAGCAACAACACCCAGCCACCCAACUCUGAUCGCCGGUAUGUCAUUGACGAGAGCAUGGGGACCGUGAGUGUGCUCUGCAACUUUGAGCAUCUGGAUAAUGCACCAGAUAGUCACAUGUUCAGGUUGGAAGGGGGCAAGCUGAGAUAUAUCCAUACGAUCACUGUUGCGGAUAGUUCCGCGUGGGAGGGACGUAUUGGCCAAACUUUUGAGGCAUGA